AUGGCCAAAGACACUGGUCGUCGACAGCUUGAGGUGCUGAAGAAAUUAUCUGAUCACCCACACAUCUCUACUAUUGAGCAAUCCUUCGAAACUGAGAACGCGAUAUUUUUCCAAUUGGAGUACUCUAGAUAUACCCUCGAAGAGGUUCUCAAUGUUCACACAUGCCUUGAAGACCUACACAUCCGAGUGAUAGCAAGUACAAUCUUCUACGCAAUACAGCACAUAGCAAAAAUUGGAAUGAUACACAACGCUAUUUCCAUCAGUACUAUACGAUUCUGUAGCAGCGGAAAGCCUGUAUUAGCCGAUUUCGACAAUUUUUCAUUCGCUACGACCGAGCAUACCGCGAACCAUGAUCUCGAGUGCCUUGGCCUAGUAGUGCUCGAAUGUAUGAAUGGGGCACCAAAGAAGAAGCUGCGAGAUCUAGAAGAGGUACGACGUUUACGAGGAUCUAACAAGACCUUUGGGCUUGACAACGGAGAACAGUGGAGUGGCUGUAAGUUAUUGGUAGACUUUCUCGACAACUUGUUCAAUUUCCAUGUUCCAGCCAUUGCUAAGCUCCAGAAUCCCCAUCGGUAUGUCGAGCGCGAACCAGGUUAUGGUAUCCUGAUUCCGUUUCUGGAGUUGGUGCCGCUCGAGUGCUUCGCCCUGUGGCGUGCAGCAGCGGCUAAGUAG